AGCAUGCAUAACAAACCAGAGGAGGAGUAAAGUGUAGAAAGCCAGACCCAGGUCAGGUGUGACUGAUAAUCUGAGCAGGUUAAAGAGAAACCUCAGAUUACAGCAGAUGAGCCUCCUGCAGGGUGCAGACCUCCUCCUCCUCAGCCAUCUUCAGCAUCAUCAUCAUCUCAUCACUCUCCUCGGUCAGAUUAUCCCGCAGCUUCAGCACCAGGAGCAAGAACACAACAACAACAUCAGUGUAAACAACAGCAUCCAGCAGGGAUCAAGGCAGCAGCAGCAUGAAGGAGCAGAAAACCUCCUUCAGGAGGGGAGCAGCAGAGAAGAGGAGCUUCAUCAGCAACACCAGCUGAGCCACUCAGGAGGAGGAGGAGGAGCGGAUGGAUGCCAGCCUGGGACCAGACAGCAGCAGCAACAACAACCCUCCUUCUACCGGGACCAGCUCCCGGUUUAAUCAUUAUUAUGGGAAUGGAAGAGGAGGGCCUUGCUUUGAUCAACAUGGCGGACAACAAAGCCCAGGGACUGGGGUAACAGCAGCGGCAAACACGGUACACGGCACCAUGGACCAGGUCCACAACUCCCAUGAAGGCUACAGCAACAACAGCCCGUAUAACCACUAUCCGAACUACCGAGGGGGCUACGGGAGCGGCGGCUACGGAGGCAUGAUGAGCCCCUCACGGCAGGGGAACAGCCUGAUGGGCCCGACCGCUGCUAACCCUGCCAAGGCGGUCAUGACUGCCGCCAGUUCCCCGGCUGGAGGCGGAGGAGGCUUCCAGCGGUUCCCCGGACAGGGCCAGCAGCACCCUUCGGGGGCUACACCGACUUUAAACCAGUUAUUGACGUCUCCGAGCCCGAUGAUGCGCGGCUACGGAGGCGGAUAUUCAGAUUACAGUAAUCCCGCUCCACAGCAGCACCAGGCGGCCGCGGAAGAGACGGGCUCCCAGUACGGCUCAGCGGGAGCUCACGGCUGGGGGGGACAGCAGAGGAGUCACCAGGGGAACAACGGAGCGAGCGGUGGCAGAUCUCAGGUGCCGCCCAUGGACCCCAUGGCCAUGAAACGCUCUCAGCUCUAUGGAAUGAGCAACAGCCAGUACUCCCAGCAGCAGGGGGCGCCCUACCCCGGACAACCCUACGGCUCCCCGUCUUCCCACAGAUACCCAAUGGGAAUGUCUGGCAGGGGCCAGAUGGGAAUGGGAGGGAUGCAUUACCCUCAGCAGCAGAUGGGCUCUCAGUACGGCUCGCAGCAGCAGAACCUGAGCAGCUACAGCCAACCGGGUCAGCCGCCGUACUUCAGCCCCCCCCAGCAGCAGCCGGCUGCCCCCAGCCAGCCUCCCUACAUGCAGCCCUGCCCGCUGCCCUCACAGGAGGUCCCUCAGGAGGCGUACGGGGGGCGGGGCAAGUCUGCAGCGAUGACUCCUGGGAAACCAAACCACGAGGACAUGAGUGGGAGCCAGCAGGAGAGGCCGUCCAGCCUGCCGGACCUUUCCCGCUCCAUCGACGACCUGCUCACCGGCACGGAGGCCCCGGUGAGCUCAGGGGCCUCGGGGUCUGGCAGCACUCACGGAGACCAAGGGACCCCGGGGGCCCGCUCACCGUUUUCCCCCCACGUCUCGCCGCGCCUCCCCCCGCCAACUCGAACUGGGCCUUCGCCCGCCCCAUCGCUGUCCCCCGCGGGAUCCCGUUCGGGGCCCCUGUCCCCCACCAGCACCAGCGGCCCAGGCUCUCAGGUGGCCCCCCAGGUGGCCCCCGGUCCUGGAUCAGAUGCUGGCUCCCAUCCCUCCCAGUCAGCCAUGCCUUCAGACAGAGGUUUCCCACCCUCCAUGCAGCGCAGCACCCAGGGCUCUCAUUUUGGACCCUCACCCAUGUCCCCCCACCCGGCACCAGUGGGCCCCAUGCACCACAGCCCCUACCACCAGAGCAGCCACUCCUACGGCCCCCCAGGUAACUACCCCCGGCCCCCCCACUACGGAGGGACGCCUGCUGCCGGCUACAGCGGUCCAAGCCCGGGGCCCAACGUGGGCCUGAACACCACGGGCCCCAUGCACGGCCAAGGCCCCUCAACCCCAUCAGGCCGUGGCCCCGGGCCUGGAGCCGGGGGCCGUCCCUACACUGCAGGACCGGGCACCAUGGCCCCCACCUCCCCAAACAUGCCCCAAGCUGCUGGCCAAGGCAUGGGGCCCUUAGGGCCAAAUGCCAGCUGUAAGCCGCCGGAGAUGGGCCCCAACUCUGGACCAGGUGCAAACUCCUCCCACAGCAGGCAGGGCGGCUACUCAGCAAUGAGCCCGAUGGGAGGAGGGCCUUACAGCCUGCAGCCGGGCAGCAACUCCGGCAGGAUGACCCCACAGGGACCCCCUUACACCGCCGCAGGCUUAGGGGUGAUGGCUGCUGACGGGAUGGGUCCUCAUGGAGAACUAAAGCAGCGGAUGGAGCUCAGCAGGGAGGCCGUCGGCCCUGCAGCCGAUCAGCUCAAACUGAAGCAGGAUGGCUACAGCUCCCAGUGCGGGCCGCACCCCCCCACCCCCUAUCCCAUGUCCCCCGGCUCGGCCAGCGUGUCCUCCUGUGUGGGGGAGGACGGCGAUGGCAUCAGCUGCCCCGCCUGGCUCAGGACUCCUCCCAGCCCGAAGCCCAACGCUGCCACCAUGACCACGGAGAAGAUCACCAGGCUCUAUGAGAUGGGCUCAGAGCCGGAGAGGAGGCUGUGGGUGGACCGCUACCUGUCCUUCAUGGAGGAGAGAGGGACGCCGGUCCCAAACCUACCGGCGGUCGGGAAGAAGCCUCUGGACCUGUGCCGGCUUUACCUGGCUGUGCGAGAGGUCGGAGGACUGGCCAUGGUGAACAAGAACAAGAAGUGGAGAGAGCUGUCAUCCCUGCUGAACGUAGGGACGUCCAGCAGCUCGGCCAGCUCCCUGAAGAAGCAGUACAUCCAGUACCUGUUCGCCUACGAGUGCAAGAUGGAGCGAGGAGAGGAGCCUCCGCCCGAGGGCGCCGGCGACACCAAGAAGCCCGCUUCCCUGCAGGCCAAGGCUCAGCCGCCUUCUCCAGCAAACUCCGGCUCCCUGCAGGGCCCCCACACCCCGCAGUCCAGCAGCAGCUCUCUCACUGAAGCUCCUGUAGACCUGAAGCCCCCGACCCGCUCCUCCACCCCCCAUAACCAGAUGGGUCCCCAGUCUGGAAACAGGACCAUGGGAGGCGUCAGCGUCCAGGACCCGUUCUCUGAAGUCAACGAUCCAGCCUUUCACAAUAAACGAGGCCCGGGGCCCGGUGGUGGCCCCUACCAGCAGGGAGGGGGUCCAGCAGAACCUCCAAUGCGGAUGCCCUACGAUGCCAUCAAAGACCCGUAUGGAGGCUCUAGGAAGGGCAGAAAAACUUCUUCAGGUCCAAUUCCUGGCGAGGCCUUCGGUCAGAAUCAGAUGUCCAGUGGUGCAAUGCAGGACAUGUACCUCCGUGGACCAUCCUCUGCCCCCUUAACAGGGAUGGGGCCCAGACCGCAGUUCCCCUACGGCCCCGGCUACGAUCGGAGACUGGACCAUGUGAUGGCAUCAGAGGGAGGAAUAGUGCCCCCUGCAGGUCAGAACAGCAUGGGCCCGUCUUCAAAUGAAGCUAGCAUGUAUCCCCCCAACAGAUACGCCCCCCAGAGGCACGAAGGCUUCGGUCAGCAGUAUCACGGUGUGGCCUACAGUUCCCAUCAGCCCCUCUACCCUCAGCAGCAGGGCUACAAGCGCCCCAUGGAGGGGAUGUUCCCCGCCGCUAAGCGUCAUGAGGGCGAGGCCUUCGGCGUGCAGCAGUACGGCUCUCAGCAGCCGGACCCUUAUGGCCCCUUUGGAUCAGGAGCCGGGGGCUACUCGGGCCCCGAACGUCGGCCCGUCCCCGGCCAGUACCAGUACCCUUACAGCCGAGACAGGCAAGGCCCCCCGCAGCAUGGAAUGAUGGGUUCGGGCCCCACAGCGGGGCCUGGGGGCCCUGGAGAAGGGCCACAGCCCAACGUUUGGCCCCAGAGGACAGACCUGGGUUACACAUACAGCCGGCAGGGCCAGGGGCCCCCCUUCACCAGCAUGAACAGAGGGGACGACCAGGAGGGCAGGGCCCCCCAGGACGGCCAGUGGCCCCCCGGUCCCCUCACCCAGCGCCAGCCUCCCUUCCCCCCCCACUCCUCCUCCUCUUCCUCCAUGCCCCCCCUCCCCUCCCGGCAGCCCCCCUCCUCCUUCCAGGCCACGCCCACCGUCCCUAACCACGUGGCUCGGUCUCAGAGCCCCUCGUCUUUCCCCCGGCCCCCAGUGGGCUCCCUGUCCCCCAACAGCGGCCCCUACAUGUCCUCCGCUAAGAAACCAGGGCUGCCUGGGGCCCCGGCCGGGCCCCCGGCCUCUCAGGGCCUCCCCCUGGUCUACAGAGAGGUCAGCUUCCCCCCCGGGUCGGUGGAGGCCACACCCCCCAAAGUGAAACCACGGAGACGGCUCACAGCCAAGGACACAGGAACCCCGGAGGCGUGGCGAGUGAUGAUGUCACUGAAGUCGGGCCUGUUGGCAGAGAGCACCUGGGCGCUGGACACCAUCAACAUCCUGCUGUACGACGACAGCACCGUGGGCUCCUUCAACCUGACGCAGCUGCCAGGAUUCCUGGAGCUCGUCGUGGAGUUUUAUCGCCGCUGCCUCAUCCAGAUGUUCGGGAUCCUCCAGGAGUACGAGGUGGGACCCCAGGCGGGGCCCCCCACUGACGACAUGGAGACAUCUGAGGACGAGGACGUCAAACCCGUCCCCCAGCGGGAGGUCACGGAGCAGACGGAGCCCCGCCCUCCUCAGAGCAGCAAGUACGACAAGCGGCCGAUCAAGGUGGAGGAGACGGGGGAGAGCUGGGAGGAGGCGGAGCAGCGCUGGAGCGCGGCGGCUCGACCCGACGGCUUCAGCAGCGGCCUGCUGCACUGGAAGGCCGGAGGCGGAGACUCCACGGCUCACAUCCAGACGCACUUCGAACCUCGGACCGACGACUUCACCCCCCCAGAGCCGGAGAGGGAGGAGGGAGGGGGCCCCCCAGAGGAGGAACAGCCCCAGAAAGAAGGAGGCUCACCCUCUGAGGUCAAAGGUCAGGGCUCGGCGCCGGCUGAGCCUCAGAGUCCCAUCAACCUCCUGGAGGACGAGCCGCGCUGCUGGGACGAGGCGCCGCUGUCCACGGCGGAAUCCUGGCAGGACUCUCUGGCCAAACGCUGCGUCUGCGUCUCCAACAUCGUCCGUAACCUCUCCUUCGUCCCCGGCAACGACGCCGUGCUGUCGCGCCACCCGGGCCUGGUGCUGAUCCUGGGCCGGCUGGUGCUGCUGCACCACCGUCACCCCCGGAGGAAAAGGGCGCCCCCUACGUACCAGCGGGAGGAGGAGCAGGGUCUGGCCUGCAGCCGGGACGAGUGGUGGUGGGACUGCCUGGCGGCGCUGAGGGAGAACACGCUGGUGACGUUAGCUAACAUGUCGGGCCAGCUGGACCUGUCCCAGUACCCGGAGGACAUCAUCCUGCCCAUCCUGGACGGGCUGCUGCACUGGAUGGUGUGUCCGUCCGCCGAGGCUCAGGACCCGUUCUCCUCGGCGGGCGCCGCCCCGUCGCUCUCGCCUCAGAGGCUCGUCCUGGAAUGCCUUUGCAAGCUGAGCAUCAAGGACUGCAACGUGGACCUGCUGCUGGCCACGCCCCCCUUCAGCCGCCAGCAGAAACUCUUCUCCACGCUGGUGAGACUGGUCGGUGAGAGGAGGAGUCAGGUGUGCCGGGAGAUGGCGGUGGCGGUGCUGUCCUACCUGGCUCAGGGCGACGCCACGGCGGCGCGGGCCGUCGCCCUGCAGAAGGGCAGCGUGGAAACCCUGAUCGGCUUCCUGGAGGACAGCCUGGCCGUGGCUCAGUACCAGCAGAACCCGCACAGCCUGGCGCACGCCGCCGCGCCUUCAGAGCCGCCCAGCAUCAACAUGAUGUGCCGCGCCGCAAAGGCGCUCCUGGCCGUGGCGAGCGUGGAGGAGAACCAGGCGGAGUUUGUUUUGUACGAGAGCCGGCUUCUGGACAUCUCGCUGUCAUCGGCGCUCAACCCGUCGGUGGCGGCCAUCAUGUGCGAAGUACUGUUCAAACUCAGCCGCUCGUGACGCACAGAACGCCACGGAGCGCGCUGAGAAGCACCGGAGGCGGCGCCCGCCGUCUGACGGACCACCACACCUUCUAUUUUUAUUUAAAGAGCAGAAGUUUUUACGUACAAAUAUAUAGAAUAUAUCUAAAGCUCCCGGCUCCAUCCACAGAUGUUUAUUUCAGGUUUUUAAGUAAUUUUAAUACCAGAAAAUAUUUAAUAAUUUUAAAUUUUUUUAAAUUGUUUUUAUUUUUGUUUGUUUUGUUUGAACCAAAGUGAGCCGGGCCCUCUGGUUCCGGCUCUUUUUUUUAAAAAGUGCGUUCGGUCCGUUGUUUGCUCUGUGGGGGCGGGGUUUGU